AUGGAUUUCUUAGUCUUAAAACUGAACAACAUGGUGUUUACAGAUGGAGCCCAGGCUUGUGUACUUGUGUUUUCUACAACUGACAGAGAGUCCUUCAAAGCAAUCCCUACCUGGAAGGAGAAAGUCGUAACCGAAGUCGGAGACGUUCCUACAGUUCUUGUGCAGAAUAAGAUUGAUCUUCUCGAUGACUCUUGUAUAAAGAAUGAAGAGGCAGAAGCACUGGCAAAAAAGCUAAAAUUAAGGUUCUACCGAGCGUCUGUGAAGGAAGACCUAAACGUAACCGAAGUUUUCAAGUACUUGGCUGAUAAAUAUCUUCAAAGGCUCAAGCAACAAACAGCUGAAGAUCCAGAACUAGUACAUACAAGCAGUAACAAGAUUGGUGUUUUUAAUACAGCUAUUGGAAGUCACUCCAACCAAAAUUCUAGCACUCUUAAUGGUGGAGAUGUCAUCAACCUUAGACCAAACAAACAGAGGACCAAGAAAAGUAGAAGUCCUUUUAGCAACUGCAGCAUACCUUAGACCAAUUUUGGAGGGAGAAAAACAACCCAGUGAAUUGGAUGAAGUUGUGCAAUUGAAUACAGAAUAAAGCCAGCUGUAGAGGUAUUUUUACCAGUGCUUUAGCAAAUCUUGUGCCUGUGGGAUCCUUGAUAGAGGGUGGAUUCAUACAAACUUGCUGAUGCUGAUGUUUUUUGGUGUGUGGAGUGGGACACCUGGUGGCAAAACACAGAAUCGUGGCUGCCCCGUGCACUUUGUAAAAAUUA